AUGGAAGUCGAUCCCAGAUUUCUUGAGCCAGUUCAUAAUAUCACAGAGGCUGUAGGAAGGACUGCCAAUCUGAAAUGUGUUGUGGAAGAUUUAGGAUUCUACCGGGUUGCCUGGCUGAGAGUCGAAAGUAAGACUAUCUUAACUAUCCACAAUCAUGUGAUAACUAGGAACUACAGGAUUGACUUAAGCCAUAAUGACAAUCGAAAUUGGAUCCUCCACAUCAAGAAUGUCCAGGAGUCUGAUAGGGGAGGCUACAUGUGUCAGAUAAAUACAGUUCCCAUGAAAAGCCAAGUCGGGUAUCUAGACGUUGUUGUUCCGCCGGAAAUCAUUGGGUCUGAGAGUAGUACUGAUUUGCUCGUAAGGGAAGGAGUCAACGUAACCUUGAAGUGUAGAGCUGAAGGUUAUCCCGCACCGGUUAUAACCUGGAGACGAGAGGAUGAGCAACCAAUAUAUAUUGGAAAAAGGAAAAACAAGCUUCAAGCAAACUCCAUCAAGGGAGAAACCGUCAACAUUACCAAGGUCAGCAGAUUACAUAUGGGUGCGUAUCUGUGCAUCGCAUCUAACGGCGUUCCUCCAUCUGUAAGCCGAAGAAUAUUACUACAAGUUAACUUUCCACCGAUGAUCUGGAUUCCUCACCAACUAGUAGGGUCCUUACUCGGGAGUAACGCUACCCUAGAGUGUCAUACUGAAGCCUUUCCUAUGUCCAUCAAUUACUGGACUAAAGAAACGGGAGACAUGAUCGUUUCUGAUCAGAAGUAUUUAACUAAGAUUCAGGAAGACACCUACAAAGUUCACAUGCAACUCACCAUCCAGCUCGUAACCCCUGACGACUAUGGAUGCUACAAAUGUUUUGCUAAGAAUUCUCUUGGAUCAACGGAAGGAUCCAUUAGGCUAUAUGAAGUCCAUGAAGCAUCCGAAAGAAGAAGGGGUUAUUCUCCCUCUUUAUUACAAAAUGUUAACGAUGAUCAGCUCAAGAUGACUGAUGAUUUCACUGACAAAAACGCGGACCUGGGUUCGAACUCUGCUAAUCAGCAACAAAACUCGGGUAUAUCACAUGUCAUUCUUUUGAAACCUCAGUCAACACGAAUAGUUUUAAGCCUUAUAUGUUGGCUAAUGUCAACGAACAAGAGAUAGUCCAGGUGAUGGAUUCGAGUUUUCAAAGGACUUUUCCUUAGUUUGUGGACAUUCGUGUUUCCUGUGUCAACUUGAUCUCGUCGUUUACGCACCAGGAGGAGCGGAGUUAUUUGUGUUUGCUUGAGGGAGAAAUAGGAAACCAUGUGCUGUUAGUUGUGAUGCUAUAAAUACUGACGAAGCUCAUUAUGUAAAUUAGACGAGGGUUAUAGACAUAUUGCUAGUAGAUUUUUCUA